AUGGCCUUUCGCCGCCGCGGAAGCGGCGACUCGAAUUUUAGCCAUCAUGGCUCGGAGAUGGAUCUCGAAGAAUCAAAUCGAGAAACGAUGCGAAGAGACGCUGAACGACAAGCGGCAUUGCAAUUGGAAAGAGCUAAGUAUAAACCGGUGGCAUUUGCCGUUAGCACAAAUGUUGAAUAUGAUGGUUCGUUGGAUGAUGACAGUCCGGUGCACGGGUGCGCCGUUUCCUUCAAAGUCAAAGACUUUCUACAUAUCAAAGAGAAGUACAAUAACGAUUGGUGGAUUGGACGGCUGGUGAAAGAAGGGCACGAUCUCGGCUUCAUCCCGUCGCCAGUGAAACUCGAAAGUCUUCGCCAACAACACCAUACAAAGGGCACAAAAUUCAAACAAUCAACUUCAACGUCGAAUCUCGGCAAUUUAGACAACAUGAUGCCAAGGAGUGGAAGUCGGGGAAGCACACCGCCGACACCAGAUGAUGACGACCACGCACACAAGAAAUUGAAAGACAUCGUCACCACGCCACCCACGAAAGAGAAAAAGAAGUUGAUCUUCAAAAAGCAAGAGAACGUGCCUCCAUACGACGUAGUGCCGUCAAUGCGACCGGUUGUCCUCGUUGGACCCUCACUAAAGGGCUACGAAGUGACAGACAUGAUGCAAAAAGCUGUCUUCGACUAUCUUAAGCACCGCUUCGAGGGACGAAUCAUCAUCACCCGUGUCACCUCGGAUAUCUCGCUGGCAAAGCGCUCGCUGCUAAACGAUCCACGAAAGCGAGCCAUCAUGGAAAGAGCGAACAGUCGAACAAGCAAUAGUCUUGCCGAAAUCCAGACAGAAAUCGAGCGCAUUUUCGAAUUGGCUCGAUCGAUGCAACUCGUCGUUUUGGACUGUGACACGAUCAAUCAUCCAUCCCAACUCGCGAAAACCUCACUAGCUCCGAUUCACGUCUACAUCAAGAUCAGCUCACCAAAAGUACUACAAAGAUUGAUAAAAUCACGCGGGAAAUCCCAGAGUCGAAAUAUGAAUGUGCAAAUGGUAGCCGCUGAAAAGUUGGCUCAAUGUCCACCGGAAAUGUUCGAUGUGCUUCUUGAUGAGAAUCAACUAGAAGACGCCUGUGAACACCUUGCUGAUUAUAUGGAAUCAUACUGGCGAGCCACCCAUCCACCAGUCCGUUCACCACCGAGAAUAAAGAGGAAUCCGAUGGAGAACCGAGGUCCAAGCACGCUCUUCACACCAGCACAAAUGAUGCAAGGCACACAUAUGGGUGCUUUCGGAAUGGGACUCCAGUCUCAUCCAUCAGCUGCGUCAAUGGGUGGAAUGAAUGGCGGAAACUAUCUCCAACCACCACAACAGCAAAGCGUUCCCAAACCUGUGCAACAACCGAUGCCUAUGUAUCAACAGCAAACAUUGAUGCCAGCGACUGGAGUGUACGGACAAUCGAUGAGCCAGCCUCUAUCCAACACACAACUCAUGCCCCAGCAACAGCAAAGAUUCACCCAACCAACCCAGCAACCGCCUGAUCGACACGGCUACGAUGAAUACGACGAUUUAGAUAUGCAACGGGGUUACGCAGCCUACUCAACAACAAAUGACGGCUUCAUUGUACACUCGAUUCAUGCAUUUUUCACUGAAACUGGUUCACAAAACUCUGUCAGAUUCAAUGUCGAGCGCACAAGGGAUGGACGAAAUUUUCUGAUACGUUUUGUGAAAGCUGAGGAAAACGAGCGACUCUGUCUCCUUUCUGAGUUUUCUUUUCAACGAAAAGAAUCGGUGAAAGAUCGUUACUCAAUGAAUCCAAAGUUUCCAAAAGAUUUGCCAGGUAGGAAAUGU